UUCUUAUUUUUGACGACCGUAAACAAACAUUUUUAUCUUUGGAACACGUGUAUUUCAUAGUUUUAAAUUAAUUUGACUUUGUAUUCUUUUUGUAAUUUUUAAAAAAAUAUGACUGUCAGUAAAGCUAAAGAAACUGUUGAUCUAAAAGUAAAACUACGUUCUGGUGCUAGUGUUGUGAGAGUUAGACCUUUAUUUACUCGAGACUCCAAAUACCUUGUUAUUGCUUGUGGAUCUGAUGUAAAAGUACAUAGCAUUCAAAGUGGAGAAUGUGUUCACAUUUUAAGAUAUCAUAAAACAAGAGUUAUAAGUCUACAAGAAAAUAAAACAAAUCAUUUACAGGUUUUUAGUUGUUCAGAUGAUGGAAUUGUUGUACGUUGGGAUCACUCUGAAGGAAAAUGUUUACAGGUUUAUAAUCUGCGCAUGCCUGUUUCAUCUUUUUAUAUUCCAAGUAGUGGCAACACUUGGUUUGUUUCCAAAAAAGUGGAAAGUCAAGAUCAGCAUAGAUUGUAUUCUCUUAUUUCGAAACCUACACGGAGUGAAAACAUCCAAAUGAUUGUUAGUCCAGUUCUUCCAUAUGAAAAUGCAAUAUCUUUUGGCUCUGAGGGCAAGUUUGUUGCAUCUAUUCAUGGAAAUUCAUUGACAGUUGUUAAAUUGGAUGUAAAAGCAGUUGCUAAGCACUUAACUGGAGAACGAACCCUUAAGUGUGUUACUUGCCAUCCAUCUGAUUUUAUACUUGCAACUGGAGAUGAUCAGGGUAGAAUUCUGGUUUGGUCUAACCUUUUGGAUACCAAAAGUCCAAUUCGUUCCAUUUAUCAUUGGCACACUUUACCAGUGGCUGAUAUUGUGUUUUCAACAGAAGGAUCAUAUUUGUAUAGUGGAGGAGGAGAAGCUGCUUUAGUCAAGUGGAAUCUAUUUUCAGAUGAGAAAUCUAUCCUACCACGUUUAGGUGCUCCCUUUUAUCGGCUAAAUACUUCUUUUGAUAGCAGUUUUGUUGUGACCGCACACACUGACAACUCAUUACAAAUUAUUAAUUCUCAGAAGAUUGUGGUUCAGAUGAUACAGGGUUUAACUCAAGGUCACUUCCAAGGUGCAAAAACUGCUAAUGUGCUGCCAACUGGUCUUCUGUAUGAUCCUCUUAACAAAGCUCUUGUGUUAAAUGGAAAACCUGGUCAUUUGCAGUUUUAUAAUAUAAAUGAGGAUAAGCAAUUAUUCAAUUUGGAUAUAUCAGGAAGAAAUUUUAUCAGUCAAGAGCGUGAAAAUGUGGUUCUAAAUACAGAUGUGCAAAAAGCGGCCAUUGAUGACAAAGGACAAUGGCUGGCAACUGCUGAAUUUUGGGAUGAUGGAGAAACAAGCCCACAGAUUUGGCUCAAAUUCUGGGAAUUUGAUGUUUCUAAACGAACUUUUGUUCUAAACACAAAUGUUAUUCUACCGCACAACAAAGAAGUAAAUUGCAUCUUGUUUCAACCUCGAAUAGCAUCUCAGGAUAUGCCACUUGCCAUAACUACUAGCAAUGAUUGUCGAUUUAAAAUAUGGAGCUUAAAAGAUGAUAUUCGAUAUGAUGAUAAGCAAAGUUGGACUUGUGAAUCAAUGGGCUGCUUUCGGAACUUACCUGCUGAGGAUGCUUGUUUUUCAGAAGAUGGAUCCUUACUUGCUGUUUCAUUUGAUAAUAUGGCUACUCUGUGGACUCUUGAUAAACCUUCUCUCAAAACUAUGCUAUGCCAUAAAAAUAAGAGCAAUAAAAUUAGGCAACUGGUAUUUGGCAGGCAGUCAGGCUGUCACCUUCUCAUUUGUCAUGAUGCUGAUUCAAUCAUUGCAUGGGAUGUGCUGUCGCUUUCAAUGAAAUGGAUAGUUCAUACAUCUGUGGAAAGAAUUGUUGCUGACAGUACUUCAGAUAUUAUUGCUGCUUUCUGUAGUGACCAUACUUUGAAUUUGUUUAAGCCAGAUAAUCCAGGGCCUCUUUAUACUGUUGAAAAUGUUAGCCAAAAGCCUAUAAUUGCAGCCAUCUUUGUUCCUCUUAAAGAAGAAAAUUCUUCCUUUCUCAAAACCUCACAAUUGUUCUUUUUUGAUGAAGAUCAGAACUUGCUUACUUUGACUGAUGAAGAAAAUGAAAUGGAAAGUCCUGACACAAAAGAGAUGACAGUGCAUCAAAAUUUGCCAGCUACUCCUUUUGCAAUGCUUCAAGCUGAGAGUAAAGUAUCAACUGUUGAGGAAGUUGAAAAGAAGCCUUUAGUUGAUGUAUCAAUGUUUGAGCAUCGUGAUAUUGAAAUUUCUUGUCCCACAUUUCUGAACCCUAGGUUAAUUUGUUCCAGAAUUCUUCAAUCCUUAUUAAUACCUGCUCCAGAGAGUGAUAUUUUGCAAGAUAAAACAUUGAACUUUUGAUGAUGGUUAACAUUACAUGGAAAAAUAAAGAUGCAUCACUUACCAUAUUUUUAUGAAUAAAUAUGUAUAUACAUUUAUGUACAGAGUUCUGUGUAAAUAAAUAUUUUUAAAGUA